ACUUCCGCAUUAAUUAUGACAUUAGUAUGGAUUAUGCUAUAGUGGUUAUACUGGUUAGUUAUUAGUAUUCAAGUUUAUUAUAUACACCACCUCUCAAUGUACACUUGUUCAGUUUCUUGCUAGCGAGGCUCAAAUCCAAGACUGACAGCAAGCGCAGCGAAUGAAUUCUAAAUUUAUUACAAUAUUAUUUCUAACAGGAGAAAGUUGUCUGGAAUACGCUUCUGGAUACUACUUCUGUUCUUUUUAUUUUGUAUCAUAGAAGUUUGUAGUAUUAAUAGUACUUACUGUGUGCUUAAAAUAUAAAAUAUAUUCAAUAUCAAAAUGAGAAAUAUAUUGUGUUUGUUGAUUUUGGUGCAUCUAUCAGUAAUAUCAAGAACAGCAAAUAUAUUAGCAAUAUUACCAGCUGCUGUUCUGAGUCAUCAAAUGGUGUUUCGAGUUUUAACACAGGAACUAGCUAAGCGUGGCCAUGAAGUAACAGUUAUUACUGCAUUACCACUUUAUGCCAAAGGUCAAAUGCCAAUAAAUUAUACGGAGAUCGAUAUAAGUGAAAAAACAGACAACGCUGUAAAACACCUGAUAGAAGACCUCAAGAAAUCAGAAGACUCGGUUUCUCAGUUUGUGAGUACGUUUAAAGCAACUCAAUACAUUUUAGACGGCGUAUUAGACCUAAAAGAUAUUCAAAAUUUACUCCGAGAUAAGAGAGAAUAUUUUGAUGUAAUUUUCGUGGAAGACUGUAUCAAAUCAAUGUUAAUUUUUUCUCAUCUAUUCAAAGUACCAGCCAUACAAAUAAGUUCUUUUGGAGGAACGUUUGAAACAUUUGAAGCAAUAGGUGCUUUAACACACCCAAUUUUAUACCCACUCGCCAUUAGAAAACGGUAUCAUAACCUCUCAGCGUGGGAAAAAAUUGCAGAGCUACUUCUACAAUAUCGUGUACAGAAAGCUUACAAAGAAGCGGAAAUUUUGGAAGAUGAAAUACUAAAGAAACAUUUUGGAAAAAACACUCCCACUAUACAUGAGCUGAAAAGAAAUAUACAUAUGCUGUUUUUGAAUACACAUCCUAUUUGGGAUUCAAAUCGUCCUGUGCCGUCUAAUGUUAUAUACUUAGGAGGUCUUCACCAGAAACCACAGCAAGAAUUACCCAAGGAAUUAAAAUCGAGUCUUGAUUCUUCAAGUAAUGAUAUAAUCUACGUGAGUUUUGGUAAUAAUGUUACUCCAGAUAUAUUACCUCCUGAAAAACUACAAAUUUUUAUUAAUGUUUUUUCUAAAUUGCCUUAUGACAUUUAUUGGAAGUGGAAUGACGAAAACCUACCAGGCCUGACAAAAAAUAUGAAAGUAUUGAAAUGGUUUCCUCAAGCAGAUCUACUACGUCAUCCUAAAGUAAAGCUAUUCAUAACCCAAGGAGGAUUACAAUCUACUGAUGAAGCUAUUGCAGCUGGUGUUCCUCUCAUUGGAAUUCCAUAUAUAUGGGAUCAAUGGUUUAACGCAGAAAAAUACGUACAGUUAAAAAUUGGUUCACAAUUGGAUAUGAAUUCUGUGACUGAAAUCAAACUAAGAGAUACUAUUGAGAUAGUUCUCGGUGACAAAAGGUACAAGGAAAAUAUUAUGAAGUUACAAUCUAUAAUGCAUGAUCAAAUCCAGUCACCUCUGGAGAAAGCCGUUUGGUGGACAGAAUAUGUUAUACGUCAUCGCGGGGCAGAACAUCUGCGCGCCCCCUCUGCAAAUAUGAACUGGAUGGAAUACUACGAAAUAAAACUAAUAUUAUGUAUCACAAUACCAUUAAUUUUAUUAUUGGCAAUAUCAAUAUUUGUUAUAUUACGUACAUUACGAUUGUUUGUAAGGAAAAUAAAAACAGACUGAUAAUGAAAUUGAACUUG